CUAUUUACUAAUAUAUAUACCCACCAUUCAUACCCUUUCUCUUUAAGUUAGUCAGUCUCUCUCUCUCUUUCACAUGUUCAAGAUUAUGGGUAUCAACGUUCUAACUUGUCUGGUGCUCCUUUUGUCCAUGGCAAGCUAUUCAAGGGCUACAUACUGUGUGUGUAAAGAUGGAGAGGGUGACCUCCUUCUUCAGAAAAACAUAGAUUAUGCUUGUGGAUCUGGGGCUGAUUGCAGCCCCAUCCUUCAAAACGGGACUUGUAAUAACCCAAACACAAUUAAAGACCACUGUAAUUAUGCUGUCAACAGCUAUUACCAGAGAAAACUACAGGUUAAUGGUAGCUGUGAUUUUUCAGGCACUGCUAUGACUUCUUUAACUCCCCCUACUGGCCAGAGUGCUUCCUGUAUUUACCCAUCAAGUUCCUCAAGCAGCACACCAUCUCCGGGUAUAAUUCCAUCAGCCACGCCGCCUCCGAGUACAAUCAACAACGGAAGCAACAUUCCAAGCUUCAGCAGCCCCUCACCCAUAGGGGGCUUCGACAACAAUGCCCUUUCAGCCCUUCACAAUUCAAAUCUAUUAGGGUCAUUUACUUUGACACUAUUUCUCUCAUACAUCUUAUGCUUAAGAAGAGAGGAGUGGAUAAUGAGCUCUUGAAAUUUGAUGUGUGGAUGAGAUUUCUCCAUGGAUGAUGAUAUUCUAGAGAUGGGUUGGUAGCAUAGAACUAUCUAGACUGGACACAACCCCCACUGGCUAUAUGUUUUCUUUCCCCUACCUAUGAGAAAAGCCUUGGGAAUUUGAUUCCCCUUUUUUUAAGUGGUGGGGGUAGAGGUAUAACCUCUUUUCUUCUUUUUUCUAGACUGUCACCAUCUGUUGUACAUCAUAUACUAAGACUUAAGACUAUAUAUAUUAUUUAUUUUUCCUAAUUAAUUUUUAAUGAGAAUCUGGUACCAUAUAUCAUUUUAUUCU